AUGGCGGACCGCCUAUUGCCCGACCUACGACCACCGGUCCAGCUACUGUCCGACCUACGACCGCCGGUCCAGCUACUGCCCGGCCUACGACCGCCGGCCCAGUUACUAUCCGACCUACGACCGCCGGUCCAGCUACUGUCCGGCCUACGACCGCCGGUCCAGCUACUGUCCGACCUACGACCGCCGGUCCAGCUACUGUCCGGCCUACGACCGCCGGUCCAGCUACUGUCUGACCUACGACCACCGGUCCAGCUACUGUCCGGCCUACGACCGCCGGUCCAGCUACUGUCCGGCCUACGACCGCCGGUCCAGCUACUGUCCGGCCUACGACCGCCGGUCCAGCUACUGUCCGGCCUACGACCGCCGGUCCGGCUACUGUCCGACCUACGACCGCCGGUCCAGCUACUGUCCGGCCUACGACCGCCGGUCCGGCUACUGCCCGACCUACGACCGCCGGUCCAGCUACUGCCCGGCCUACGACCGCCGGCACCGCGACUACCCGACCUGCAACCGGACUCCGCUACUUCCACUGGAACCACGGGACACCCCGAGCCAUCGGAAAUUCCGCGAACGAAUCCCCUCCAGGAGCAGUGCAACGGGUAUAUAAGGCCGUGCAACCGCGUGCGGAUUAACAGUCGCUAUGAAUCGACACGAGGUAGACGAACUUUUCGGAGCCAUAAGCUCGAGCUCGGAGUCCGAGACAAGCGGGCCUACUACCACGCCGACCACGACGCCGCCAACGCCUGCCAAGCCGCCUCCAGCGGUCCCGAGCCCGGGACGAUCCCGACGACCGCCGCGGCCCGGGACAUCCGUCCAGCGAUCCGACCAGGCAAACCGGCGGAAGGCAAUCCUGCUAGCGACGCCGCCGGAGAUUAA